AUGGCAUUGCAUCGAGUCGUUCUCGUCGUCCUAAUCAGCUUGCUGAAUCUCCAGAGCUCCCUCCAACAAACCAAACCACCAUCUCUCAAAGAUAUUACGUGCGGUCGCAAAAAGGAGUUGCAGGCAGGUGAUUGCAAAGCUGCAUACCGCAAAAUUAUCUAUGAUGGAGAUUCAACCCUUGACCACAAUGAAAGGAGUGUUGAAAAGACUUCUGGAAGCUGCGUUACACACAUCGAGAAUAUAAAAUGGCUGAAAGUCCCCAAGGCAAUCAUUGAAAAUGGAUUUGACCAAAUUUUAGCGAAAUGUCAUGGUUAUGCUGGUAAUGCGACUCUCCCAGGUUUCGAUGGGGUUCGCUUGUUGACCAGGCACCAUAAGGGUCCAGAUGCAUCUGCCUAUGAGGAAGAUAUCAAGUUAAACCAAGUGAUCUGCUCCAAUGACCCCAAAGAUACCAAAGUAGUGAAGGAAGAUUGGCCUACCGAUUGA